AUGGAACAAACAAAUGUGGAUAACACUACUCAAGUUUCCACACAAGGUCAGCAUAUUGAUCAGGAAGUUAUGCUAGACAUUACUCAGGAAAAAAAAAUUCAUAGCUCAUGGGCUGAUAAGGUGAAGGAAAAGGAAUUGAAUACAGGAGAAAGGCAACAGGAAGAUGGAGAACAAGGUAAUACUGAUGAACACUAUAGUAAAAAGGACAGUGUGGAAGAAUCAUAUCAUAGUGGCACCAAUACAGCAGAAAAGGGAACAAGUUUGAGGCAAGUAGAGAUUCUAGACAAAAAGGAGGUGCAAAAACAAGAUGUUCAUCCAGAUCAUGAUAAACAUGUGGGUGUUGAUGAUACAAGAUUAGAUGGAGUAAAAGAGGCUACAGAGGGUUCUGCCUCAGUGAUAAUUCAUAAUCCUGUGCAAAGAGAAGGAAAAGUGCAGGAAAACGUGCAAUCAAUAGAGGAAACAGUAGUAGAUACCACAAGUGACAAGAUGAAGGAGCAGAUGUAUGUGGAGCAAGAUGCAGAUCCACCAGAUCAUUCUUCCUCAGAAAAGGCAAUGGUGAUUUCACAUACUAAGUAUCAACAGGUGACAUUUUGUAGAAAGUCUUCCCCAGUCAAAGAACUACAUGACCUGAUCUCUCAUAAUAUAGAUGUCUUGGAAAUAGAGGAGGAUGUCAGAGAACUCCAUAAAGAAGACAAUGAGGAGAAUAUUAAGCAAAAUAAGGAAAACAUUCUUAAACAGGCUGAUAUAUCUCCUAAUAGCAAGUCUAACAAUAAGGGUCAGAAGAAAGGCAAGAAGAAUGCUAUUGACAAGCAAAUUCCACUCAGGGUGGUACCAAAGAGAACUGCUACUAAAUCUAAUGUUAAAUCAUGUUAA